UUAUCUGAGAUAUCUUUUUACAAUCUCUUAGCUUCUACUGUCUUUUCUCGCCAUUGUCCCAAAUACAAAACCUGCAGGCUUCCAUAUAACAGAAAACCAACAAAAUAAGACCCCCGAAUUGCUAAAACACCCCAUCCCAUGACCCCAAAAAGGUCCAAAACACUCAAAAAAGAGGGGAAGAUUUUCUAAAGAUCGCCCAUUUCAGAUCUCUCUAAUAUCACCCCAAAACCACCUUAAAAACUUGCUAGAACACCCCCCACCCACCAAAACCAAAAGGGCCAACACACCCAAAAAAAGAGAGAAAUAUCAAGAUUCUAAAGACAGCCCACUUCUAGAAACCGCGACACACAAACCCAAAAGGGCCAACAUAACCAAAAAGAGGGGGGAAAUGUCAAGAAUAUAAAGACAAGCUAUUUCAAAUAUGUUUUAGAUCAUUCAGAAACCAGUCCCCAAGAAUUGCUAAAAGACCCCCACCCAUCAACCCCAAAAGUCGCCACCCCCACAAAAAAAAAAAAAAAGGCUAAUAAAAUCAAGAAUCUGAAGAAAAGACACCCAUUUCAAAUCUAUCUCAUUAGAUUUUUUGGUUUCCUCUAUGGAUUACAUGCAGCAGCAGCAAUGGAGAAACCCACAUCCCCAACCAGAUCAGUCACCUUCUGCAAAGAUUCCGAAGCUCCUCUUCCAUGGCCAAAACCAGCCAUUUGAGCCUGCUACUACUACUGCUGCUGUUGGUGGUGGUCUUUCAUUGUCUGUACAACAGCCAAACAGCAGCAAGAACAGCAGCAGUCUUUCUCCAUUUCCAGAUCCAACCAUGACAAGAUUUCCCAGGAUGGGAGGUGGGUUUUUCAGCUUAGCUCAGUGGCAGGAACUGGAGCUGCAGGCAUUGAUUUUCAAGUAUAUGUUAGCUGGGGCUUCUGUUCCUUUGGAUCUUGUUCUGCUAGUUAGGAAGAGUCUGCUCAAUUCACCUGCUUUCUAUCAUCACCAUCACAAUCUUCCUCUUCAUCCGCAGUAUCACCAUUACCCACCACCUAUGUUGCAGACAGGGUAUUGGGGGAGAACCGUCGUGGACUCAGAGCCAGGGAGAUGUAGGAGAACCGACGGGAAGAAAUGGAGGUGCUCAAGGGAUGUGGUGAGUGGACAGAAGUACUGCGAGCGCCACAUGCACCGAGGCCGGAACCGUUCAAGAAAGCCUGUGGAAAUCCCCACUCUGCACACUGCUGCAAGCAGUGGCUUAAAAGACAACACCAUCCCGUCUGCACCAUCAAUGGAAGCAGCUAAAGAGGCCCAUUUCACUCUUUCAGGCCCAUCGCCUUCUUCAAAUGAUCUCCUAUAUCUCAACCAAAGAUCCUCGGAUGGCAGCAAAGCAGAAAAUGGGUCCCACCACCAACAAUUCAACCAGCAUGACAUUUCUGGUGAAGAGUCCAGUGGGGGCAGCAAAUCCGAUGGCCGAGUCCUCAGGCAUUUCUUCGAUGACUGGCCAAGAUCACAGCAAGAUCCCAGCACUGCCAGCAGCAAUGCCAGCUCAGCGAUGUCUUCCACUCACCUCUCUAUUUCAAUGCCAAGAAAUCCAUCUUCUGCAUCCUCGGAUUUCUCCUUGAAGCUAUCAACGGGCGACAAUGAGUUGGGCGUGGCCAGCAGCAAUGCUGGGGACCGACGUACGAAUUGGGCCAGGUGGGGGCCCCACCAGGAGGCCUCGAUGGGGGGCCCACUCGCAGAGGCGCUCCGUUCAUCAACUUCAACUACUGCUUCUCCGACGAGCGUCUUGCAUAAGCCAUAUGGUUCCAUAUCUGAGACCAGUAGCAUUUGCACCUGAAUUGCUGAUUGUGUUCGAGUCUCAAGAACUUUGGCUCAGUAUUCGUGUUGUCAGCCAUUUCUCAAAUGACAGUGAUUCGUCGACCGUAAGUGUGGCUUGCAUGUACAUCAAUCCAGACUGUCCAUAUCGCGGGCCCUAUCAUGGAUGUAUUGUAGCCCAAAAUUCACACUGAUCGGAUGAGCUUAACUAUCUAACAUUAACUUGUCAGUUUCAUGCUGAUAGCAUUGUUAAGGAUCAUUCAAUCAGUGUGAUUUCAUGACAUGUUCCACCCAAAAGGGGGCCCAUGAAAUGGAUGGUCCAUGUUGAUGUGCAUUUGUGCCACUUGUAUGGUUGGAUUAGUCGCCACCAUCAAAGGAAUGGCGAAAGAGGCUGAUAAUAGUCUUGACCCGAGAACGUUUGUUGUGGUUUUUCUUGCUUUGUUUGGCAAGUUUACUGAUUUUCAUCCUCUCGUCUUUUGUAAAAUGGGGUUCUGACCUUUUGUAUUUGUGGUGAUUUGUUUUUUAUUCUAAUCUGCGUGGAAUUCUAUC